UGUCUGUGAAGAGUUACUUUAACAGGUUGCUCUAGCACGUCUGUAACUAGAUCUCUUAAUGGCCCUGAUGUGUUUUUGGCAUACAGCCUGUUAGAUGAGAGGGUUUGCAGCAACAGCCUGGGUUAUCCAGCAUUCUCCACCCUGCACUUGCUUGAAGGCUGUUGCUACCGCAGACUCUAUCAGAGAAACCAAAACACGCCUUCUGUCAGAAGCCUUUUACCCCAUCUGUUGUAGCAGUAGCAGCAAGUGCAUUCCAGAAUAUGAGAUGAUUGGAUUCUAGCAGGUUGUCUUUUUUGUGCAGUUCUAUGGAGCCUUUCAAAAAGCUCACUGGACCUUUCUGCAUCAGACCUCAGCUCAUUUGCAAUGCCUUUCAUGGAUGGAGAUGUAGAGAAUUCAGAGAAAAAUGUCUCUCAGAAGGCAGAAGAUUCUGGCAGCCCAUCUCCUUCCAAAGGCUUUUUCUCAAAGGGAGUCUACAAUCGCCCUUCAAGCCCACUAUCAGCACCUGUGAAAUCAAAGCACAGUCCUGGCUCUCAGAAAACUGUAUUUUCUUUCCCUCACCAAGAGUCUCCCCCUCGUGCCCCACGCCGAAUGAGUUUCAGUGGCAUUUUCCGAUCAUCUUCCAAGGAUUCACCUAGUCAGUCUACCUCACCUGUUGGCAUGAAAUUCUUUGCUCGGUCACGAAGAGCUUCAGGAUUCUCUUCACCCCCAACUACUCCAACGCAGGUGACCAAACAACCUACUUUCCCUCUGGAAGCAUACAAGCAAGAACCAGAACGGUUAGAUGCUCGAAUUCGGUCCUUCUCUUCACCGCCAGAUACUGGCCAGAGGUUCACUUUACCACCAACCCACAGUGUUACUAAAUCUGCCACAUCGGCAUCAGUCUUCACUGCUACCUCAAGAACAAUUCUUCACAGCACAACGGAAGGCAUGCUGGAAAAACUUGAGCUGCAGGAUGAAGCAGAAGAGUCGGAAAAUGACAUUUAUAUGAGGUUUAUGAAGUCACAUAAAUGCUAUGACAUUGUCCCAACCAGCUCAAAACUUGUCGUCUUUGAUACUAGCUUACAAGUUAAGAAGGCAUUCUUUGCCUUGGUAGCGAAUGGUGUUAGAGCAGCUCCUUUGUGGGAGACUAAAAAACAGAGUUUUGUGGGAAUGUUGACAAUUACUGACUUUAUAAUAUUGCACAGAUAUUACAAGUCGCCUAUGGUACAAAUAUAUGAGCUAGAAGAACACAAGAUUGAAACAUGGCGGGAAGUUUACUUGCAAGAAACAUUUAAACCAUUAGUGAACAUAUCACCAGAUGCAAGUUUGUUUGAUGCUGUAUACUCUCUCAUCAAAAACAAAAUUCACCGUUUGCCAGUUAUUGACCCUGUCAGUGGAAAUGCACUUUAUAUUCUUACUCAUAAAAGAAUCCUCAAAUUUCUCCAACUUUUUGUAUCAGAGAUGCCAAAGCCUGCUUUCAUGAAGAAAACACUUGAGGAACUAGGAAUUGGCUCUUACUACAAUGUCGCUUAUAUCCAUCCCGAUACUCCCAUUAUUAAAGCACUGAAUAUUUUUGUGGAAAGGAGAGUGUCAGCGUUGCCUGUUGUAGAUGAGUCAGGAAGAGUUGUAGAUAUUUAUUCCAAAUUCGAUGUUAUAAAUCUUGCUGCUGAGAAGACAUACAAUAACUUAGAUAUCACAGUGACCCAGGCUCUUCAGCAUCGUUCGCAAUAUUUUGAAGGUGUUGUGAAGUGCAAUAAACGGGAAACACUGGAGACUACUGUGGAUAGGAUAGUUAAAGCAGAGGUUCAUCGGUUAGUAGUUGUCGAUGACAGUGACAGCAUUGUGGGCAUUGUCUCCCUUUCGGACAUUCUACAGGCUUUGGUCCUCACACCAGCAGGUGCCAGAAGAAAAGAGAGUGAAACUGAUUGACUGCAAUGAAUGCUAAAGCUGCUUUAGGAGAAUGUUGGAAGAAUGUCCUGCAUCCUGGUGUUGGCCUCAUAAACAUGGAUUUGGAACAAAAGCAUGAGAGAAAACAGGAUCUGAGCAAAAAAAGGAAUUAGUGAUGGGCAGCUGGCGCUUCCAAAUGGAUGACACCUAAGGCUACCAGAUGCAAUGGGCAGUUCAUCACUGUUGCAUCUAGGCUUGCGUUCCAUAGAUGCUUCACAAUCACAGCAUUAACAAACAUACAUCUGUGUUAAUGAGAGGCUUGGCUUGAAGUGAAGCCUGUUUCACAAGUGUCACUUCAGCCUUUCGUUUGCUGAAAGGAUAGUAAGUACUGCAGAUUCGUUCACACAAGGCUAGUGCAUGACAUAUUUAUAUCGUAGUGCCUUAAGUUGAGGUAUAGCAAUAUGUCAUCACUGUUGUCCAUCACUAGCAGAAGAGUGCUGUUAUGAGAGAAGACCUAGAAUUUGAAUGUACAUAUUUUUAGACUUAACUAAAACAACAAAUCUCUGAUUUAUUACUCGUCAUUACAGCCUUGUUUAUAAGUACUGCGAUGUGCGAGCUGUCAGAGACCAUUUUUCUUGCAAAGUUCACUUCAGAUUUUCUGAAUUACUGUGCAGUAAGUGAUUCACUGAUUUAUUUAUUGACAUUUUUUAUAAUGCCAGGAGGUGAUUAGCAUUAAAAACAAAUGUCCACGAUAUGCAUACUCAAAUCGUUUAUUUGAAAAGACAGUGGGAAGUGUGGGGGGGGGGACAGUUCUGACCUGCGGACACAGUGGCUUGUUUAAUAGGUCUUUAUUACAUGUUAAUGUACAAUUUCCAAAAGCAUGCAACGAAAACCUGUUAGUCUGUAUGUACUGUACUGUAAAUAGGCCGUUAAUAUUGAGGAAAACUAAGUGCCAGAGAAACGUAUAUUUUUCUGUGUAUCAGAUGUAAAAUCAUUGAUGUUUGUAUGACUGCAGAUUUAAGUUCUUUUGUAAAUUAUGUUGUGCAAAUAUUGUUCUUAUGGUUAAAAGGAUUAUGGAGCGUUUUGGUCCAUGCAGAUAUGCAUAUUAAGGCAUGAAAGUGACACUAUUAUGUUAAUAUUAUACAUAAAUAUAUAUAUAAUGUAGAUUUUUUUUUCAGAUUUGAAAAUAAUUUAACAAUCCUACUGUGCUGAUUUUACUGUAGAAAUGUGUUGGAACUCCCAGCUUAUUGUUGCUGCAGUUUGUUUAAAUGUUCCAAGUCUGCUGUAUCAUCCUGAGACAGAUUUUGCUCUAUAGUAAAACAGAACAUGGAUCCAC